UUUAUUUUUGCAGAGCCAGAAUAAAAAUUAAUACGAUUCUUCUAUGACAAGGCAAUGGUUGCUCAUUCAGAAAGUGUCAAUAGUCCAAAGACGCAGGAGUCCGUGAUCAAAAAUGAAAUACCGUAUUCCGAUAGUGACAUUGUUAUUACGGGAAUAUCAGACCGCUUACCCGAAUCAACUAAUAUCGAUGAGUUUAAAAAAAAUUUAAUGAACGAAAUAGAUAUGGUGACAGAUGACGAGCGGCGUUGGACAAGAGGACUUUAUGGGCUUCCAGCCAGAUCUGGCAAGAUAAAAGACCUCAGUCACUUUGAUGCCACUUUUUUUAAAAUACAUUCCAAACAGGCACAUGCAAUGGAUCCGCAGCUUCGUUUAAUGUCUGAAGCAACCUAUGAAGCCAUAAUUGACGCUGGUAUUAAUCCUACGACCGCGAGAGGAUCGCGUACCGGUGUAUUCGUCGGUACUUCUAUCUCGGAAUCGGAUGAAUUUUGGUUGAGGGAUCCAGAAAACAUAAAUGGAUACAAUCUGCUCGGCAGUUCCAGAUCUAUGUUCGCCAACAGAAUUUCCUAUGCAUUUGACUUUACUGGACCUAGUCACGCAUUAGAUACAGCUUGUUCCUCCUCCUUGUAUGCAACACAUCAAGCAGUAACUGCAAUAUGUGCCGGCGAGUGCAAUGCUGCAAUUGUCGGUGGAUUGAAUCUCGUUUUGAGACCGAACGUCUCACUGCAGUGUCUAAAAUUAAAUAUGCUGUCCCAAGAUGGCAAAUGUAAAACAUUUGACAUUUUGGCUGACGGUAUUGUGAGGUCUGAGGCGGUGGUGGCAAUAUAUUUGCAGAAAGCAAAGGAUGCGCGUCGAGUGUACGCGACAGUAGUUCGUACAAAGACAAAUACAGACGGCUACAAAUCCGAAGGUAUUACGUAUCCCAAUGCUGAAAAGCAGUAUGAAUUAAUACGUGAUAUUUAUACCGAGGCAGGAAUUAAUCCCGCGGACGUGAGUUAUGUGGAGGCUCACGGCACCGGUACUAAGGUAGGAGAUAGGGUGGAGGUAACUUCCAUCGACAAACUGUUCUGCAAAGAUCGGAAGACUCCCUUACUAAUAGGCUCGGUUAAAUCUAACAUGGGUCACUCAGAACCGGCCAGUGGAUUAUGCUCGAUUGCCAAGGUAUUAAUCGCGAUGGAAACAGGCGUGAUACCGGCCAAUUUGCACUUUAGACCACCGAAUUCAAACAUUCCUGCCUUAAAGGAAGGACGCAUUCGAGUAGUGGACAAGGCCACACCGUGGAACGGUUGUUACCGAUACAGCAAUUAAUUUCGGCAACAAUUC